AUUAAAAGAAACCCAAGCCUUAAUUCAAAGCUCAUGUUUGUUUCAGAUAAACUUUUUUAAAACAAGCUAUGUCCUCAUCAAGUGGUAAAAAGAAACCAUUUAAGGUGCUGGAUAGAACACGAACAAGAAAAAAAGGAAUUAUGGUGGAUGGAUUGGAUGAUCUUCUCAUCAAAGCUAAAACUAAAUUUGAAUAUCCAACAAACCAGUCAGUUGAGCUGGUACUAGAAGAAGAUGGAACAGAAAUAGAGGAUGAGGAUUAUCUAUUCUCUCUUCCAGACAACACUUGCCUGAUGCUACUUUUUAAAGAAGAAAAAUGGAGUCCUUUUGGAGUAGGUGAUGAGGUUGAUUCUGUAAACCCUUCCUCAGCUCUUUUCAAUCUACUCCUUAGACUAGAAAGCUCCCCAGGAAGUAUUGCUCUAAUGUCUGAACCUGAUCUAGAACUUUUGGUAGAUAUUGAUCCAGAACAGCAGGCUGUUCAGCAUCCUAGAUUUGAUCUGAAAUUUCUGAAGGAUGUUCAAACAGCAGCAGAUAAACAUCUACUAGAAAAAGGGGAAAUACGUGAUACUCUGGCUCUCCUGGACAUUUACCAUAAAACUAAAUCUAAAGGUUUGGAGUCAAAUCCUUCAAAGACUGAAUCGAGCAAGGAUAAAAAAUCAAAUAGAGAAGGUUCCUCUGUUCCCAAGAGACGAAAACAUUGAUUGAAGAAACCAGACGGAACGAAAUCAUUGAUUGAAGAAACCAGACGGAACGAAAUCAUUGAUUGAAGAAACCAGACUGAACGACUUCAUUGAUUAAAGAAACCAGACUGAACGAAAUCAUUGAUUAAAGAAACCAGACUGAACGAAAUCAUUGAUUAAAGAAACCAGACGGAACGAAAUCAUUGAUUGAAGAAACCAGACUGAACGAAAUCAUUGAUUAAAGAAACCAGACUGAACGAAAUCAUUGAUUAAAGAAACCAGACUGAACGAAAUCAUUGAUUAAAGAAACCAGACGGAACGAAAUCAUUGAUUGAAGAAUAUCAAAUACUAAUGCUUAAAUGUUGUUUUAUAUAUGGGUGCAAUUCUAUUAAUUUUUGUUGAUUACUUUUAUUGUAUCGGCAAAUCAUUUAAAGAAAGCAUGAACAUGUAACAUCCAAUGUAAACCAUGUUUUUUAUUGUAGGAAAGCCUUCAUGGAUUUCUAUUUGGAACAAUUGUAACUAAUAAUUUAUAAGUUUAAAUAUAUUUUUUUUCUUUUUAUACUUUUGUAUCGAUUGCACUAAUGAUUGAUCGGAUAGACGUAUAUACGUACUAACGUUCAUUCGGACUAUAAAGCGAAUAAACACUAAAUUGUUCAA